CUCUCCGCCAUGUUGGCAGGAGUCCGACGGCAGAACGUGUUUGUUUACGUGUGUUGUUAGCUCGGUAGUAGAGGAGGUUGUCGCACUUCCGCACUGUUUUACCAUGCCUGGAAGUCACUGCUGCGUUAACAACUGCUCCAGUACUUCACACGAUAGAUAUGGAAAACAUAGGAACAACGGAAUACAGUUUUUUAGGUUACCGAAAUGGACACAGCAUCAGGGAAAGCAAGUCUCUGACCUGACCAGGAGACGCCGGAUUGCUUGGUUGGCUGCAAUAAGAAGAAAGGACUUUACUUUCGAUUUCACCCCCCAGUCGAUGAGAGUGUGUUCUCUGCAUUUUCACUCGGGUAAACCAUCAUAUCAGAUGUUGGAGAACCACCCUGACUGGACACCAUCCCUGCGGUUAGGCCACAAUGACGUUAAAGAAACAGAUGUAGCGAGAUAUCAGCGGCAAGUAAAGCGCAGGACCCAGCAUCUGGAGCGGCCGCCACCGCCUGCCCAGGACCAGCAGUCACCACCGCCAGUCCAGGACCACAAGCAGUCGCUACCGCAGGCUCAUUACCACCAGCAGUCGCUACCGCCAGCCCAUUACCAGCGGUCACCACCGCCAGCCCAGGACCACCAGCAGUUGCCAUCGCCAGCCCAGUACCAGCGGUCGCCAUCGCCAGCCCAGUACCAGCAGCAGCCACCACUCCCAGCCCAGUACCAGCAGCAGCCACCACUCCCAGCCCAGGACCAGCAGCCACCACCGCCAGCUCGGGACAUGGAAUGUGGACUCUGCAUAUGUAGAAGAGAUGUUAUUAACAAUCUUUUGGAAGAAAACAGAGCGCUGAAGCAGGAGCUUGAUGAGUACCGGAUAAAUGAGAACCUUCUGAGUGGUAAUGAUAACACAGUGAAGUAUUACACGGGGCUUCCAAACUUUGCAUUGUUCCAGACACUUCUACUCAACCUCACUCCAUAUCUGUCUCAAGGUGGGAUGAAGGCGCUCUCACCCUUCCAGCUUGUCCUAUUGACUUUAAUGCGCCUCAGACUAGACCUUCCAAUACAGCACCUCAGCUAUCUGUUUAGAGUACAUAAGACAACAGUCGCCGAUGCCUUUCACCAUACCCUUGGAGUGAUGUACGCACAGCUGUGUCCAUUGGUGCACUGGCCAAGCAGGGAAUGCUUAUUGACCAGUAUGCCACACCAGUUUGUGGAGUCAUUUGGGAAAAAUGUGGCUGCCAUUGUGGACUGCUUCGAGGUGUUCAUAGAGAAACCCUCAAAUGUAUUGGCCAGGGCACAGACUUUCUCUCAACACAAACAAGCAUACACCAUGAAAUACCUAAUUGUGAUCAUGCCCCAGGGAGUCAUUUCCUUCAUAACGAAAGGGUGGGGUGGGCGCACAAGUGACAAGCAUAUAACGGAGCAAAGUGGUUUCCUGAACAAACUGUUACCAGGUGACAUUGUGCUGGCAAAUAGGGGCUUUAAUAUAAGAGAAAGUGUGGGCAUGAUGUGUGCUGAAGUGAAAAUACCUACAGUCUCAAAUGGUCAUGCAGAGCUGGAGGUGAAAGAUGUGGAGGAGCCAAGGGCCAUAGCACAUCUCAGAAUUCACGUUGAGAGGGUGAUUGCUGUUGUGCACAACAAAUUCAAAUUUUUACACUCAACUGUACCUGUACACAUGCUUGUCAAAUGUGAGGGUGAAAACCUAACGUCUUUAGAUAAGAUUGUCACUGUUUGCUGUGCCUUAAUGAACAUGUGCAAAAGUGUUGUUUGAGGGCCUUGUUCAUUACUUUUUAAUUUCUUUGAAAUAAAUGCUUGAAACAACUUG